AUGCCCAGAUUUGUUCGUGAGAAAAAGUUUUUUACGGUACGGGUGGGUCAGAAAAUCUUACAAAAUGUUCCAAAAGAUACCAAUUUGAUGGAUUUACUCGUCAAGAACAAGAUUAAUUUUGCAUAUCCUUUCAAAUUUUUUCUCUUUCCACUUCUCGCUAAGGGAAUUAUUAAAUAUACGAAACUUCCGAAAUUUCAAUCCACUGUUGCGUGUGGUACUCUGACUGGAAAAUACAAACAUUUACCGUUUUUGAAUUGCUCUCAAUGUUUGGUGGCUGUAAAAUAUGACAAACAAAGCGUUCACAACAAGGAAAGCACGAUGGACAAGGUGUAUCGAUCCAAUGUCUUUUUACAACGAUUUGCACCUAAAGAUAGCUUUGUGAGAUAUGCAUGUCGAACAAAAAUUGAUGACGAUAUGGAGGUCAUGACUUAUUGUGAUGACACUAAAAGCCGUAGUUGGAUUGGUAUCACAUUAAUGAUGUUCUUUGCAUUUAGUGCUGUAGCAGUGGUUUAUUCUUGGUUUGCGCAUAUUAGGAAUUUACAGAUUUCAACUGCUCUAACUAAGCGGAAAGAAGAUGAGUCAUCAGAACAAAGCCCAAUCACAGAUAAAGAUUUAGAAGAGUGGAUGAAAAAGGUCUCUGACACAAAAACUGAGAUAACCUCACCUAGUAACGCUGCGAUAACCACUCAUGAAAUUAAGCCAACUACAGAAAAGCCAUAA